AUGAAUUCACAUCCAACAGUCAGAUUUAACGAUCCUCCAGCGACCGAGUAUUAUUCAAUGGACGUAGAUGAUUCAACACAGUCUGGGACAUCAACAGAUGAUUUAUACCUUGGGCUGGAUGAUGACAUAGAAGAUGAUUCCGUGUCUUCCAGUGGUCCGGGCGUGUUGGCUGCAAUCCCUGAUCAAUUACCUCCGGCUCAAUAUGAUCAACCGGUUCAGUACAUCGACCCGGACUUGUACCUUGGGCCUGAUGAGGAUCUGAUUGAUUGUGAUGAUGAGCCGGGCUCUGUCUAUGCACAGUUGAAUGAGAGACCAGCCAAAUGUGAUCCAGCACAUCCAGAGGUCACAAAUGAAGAUUUGCGUGUGAUGGCUGAGGCCUGGGUUGUGCCAAGAAUACGAGGGGACACGGAAACCACCCAACAGCGCAAGAAGGACGUAGGACGCGAAAAACCAGGACCCGAAGAUGAACGGGGGAACUGCCCACAAGCGGAGGCCGGCGACGAAAGAGAGUGA